UUGUGUUUGUAGAGUUUAUGUUGAUGAGUAAAAUUUUUGGUGGGGAAAAAAUGAGUUUAAAACGACGAUCUCCCUUGGAAUUCAAACAAGUCCUAUCAUGAAUUUAUGUGAAAAAUGCAGAAUGAAAACAGCGAGCAAAGGAUCCGCAAAAGGAAUCAUUUGAAUCACAAGGCAGCCGAGAAAGAAGAGGCGAACUCGCAGUGGACUGGCUUGGAGUUCUUCAAUAAUAUCAAAAAUUUGAGCCCGAAACUUUGGAGCUUAGACUUUCUCACAAGUUUAAAGCUAAAAAACAAUAGUUUAACUAGAAUACCGGCUGAUAUAGGCAAGCUUAUUUCGUUACAGAAACUCGAUUUAUCUUCAAAUAAAUUGCGAAGUUUGCCGGCCGAAAUCGGAGAUCUAAUCAACCUCACCGAAUUGCGUUUAGACAACAAUAACCUACACAGUUUACCACAUGAAUUGGGACGAUUAUUUCAGAUCCAAGUUCUUGGACUGGACGGAAACCCCUUGUCGCAAGAAAUACUAGCGUGGAAUUCAAAGAAAAAUGGCAGCGCUCAGUUGAUCGCGUAUUUAUUGGACCGUUUAUCGGGUGAGUAAAAACUCGUUUGUGUUUGGCUGAUACAAGCUUCGGCCGUCGGGCGCUGAAUAUGAAAUUAAUCAUUGUCUUUUGCUGUGAAACACUUACCCUAUUUUGCAUACAAUACUUUCCAAAUACCCUUUUAAGCCAAAGAUAUUUUCUCAAGCUUUUUGGGAAAGUGAUUUUGGCUUUAAUAAAUGACAAUAAACUUUCCAACGUGUCCUGCAUCUUCGCUUCAAAGUACAAAUAAAAUUCUGCUGAAACAAAGGGCCAUCAGAAAUCGCACGAGCACUAAUUGUACUUCAAGUUUUUAACAAGAAAUUAAACUAGAUUGACACAUAAACUGAAAACGAAAGGCAUUAACGAGUUUAAUAUGCAUCGGGAUAAAAUUUGUAGGAAUAUUAAUUUUGCUUUGGAUCCCAGGAUAAUUUUUUGAUAAAAAAUAUUCAUAAUUUUAAAGCAAUUUACAAACCAUUUAGGCUUGUAUAUUUUCUUGCCAAGUUAACCCACAUAUUCAACUUGAAACAAAUCCAAAUUUCAAUGAUAAUGAAAGCGAAAAAUAUAUUUUCAGAUGUUUUCACUGUAAAGGAUGUAUAAGUGUUAUAUAUUUUUAUUCCCAGCUUAUUGUAAACAAUGUUCUGUUAUUCUUCCUUCCCAUUGGUUAAUUUCAGCUGGUCUGUAUUUUUGGGACCUGUAGUCCUGUACCCCAAUUUUGUGUGUGUGGGGAGGGGGGAGUUGGUGAAGGGCUGGGUUACAACUUCGAUGUACAGUUCUUUGAUGCAGUUGUGCGUAUUAUUAAAGGGAGGGUUGGAGACAGUUUUACUUGUGUUUCCAGCAAUGACGAGGGCCAACAAUAAGGUUUUAUAACAUGAAUCAUGCGCUUAAUAUUCUUAGGCAGCGUUCAGAUUGGGUGCCCGGCACUUUAUUUUGACGCCAAGUUUGAACACAACGCUUCCAAAUGAAAUUGGGCACAGUGCCCAAGAAAGAGCACUACUUCUAGAGGUAGUACGAGUUCAACAAUGUUUUUCACUUUAACCAUUUAUAUUGUGCCAAAACAUGACUAUUCUCUUUGUUUCCUAACCAAUAAAGACUUCCACAUGAAAGAAAUCAAUUAAUAGUUCACAAUAUGGCUAACAUGAAAUACAAGCGUUAUCUUGUGCCACGCAAAACUUAUUGCUAAACUGUAAAAGGAGAAAUAUUUUUGCACAAAUUUCAACAUUCAAUAAAUAUGUGCUGAACCUGUGUGAGAUGAGAAUCAUUAAGUGUGAACAGGUUGAAGCACACUUGAUUGCAUUUGUGACAGAGGUAUAAAUAUCUUUCUUCUUGCAGUAUGCGAAAGACCAGAAGAACGACAUUGGCAACUUCUAGUACCUGAUAAAAGACGGACAGCUGACUGUAAGUUUAAAAUUCUAUUUAACCCUUUAAGCAUUAUCCAUAUGAGAAAUCAUACUUAACCCAUUGAGUGCUAGCACUCUCCCCCUGAUGAGUAAAAUCGUCUUGCGUUAGACAAAGUAAAAUAAUAAAGUAGGGUGCAUCUCGGCACAAUGCCAUUUAAAGGGUUAACAGGGUGCAUGGGCAGCACUCUCCCCUGAUGAGUAAAAUUGUCUGGCUGUAGCGUAUGCCCAGCCAUAGUUCAUAUUGUUUGUGUUAUAUGUAUAAUGUAGUAAAUAAGUUUAUAUAAAUACGGCAAAGCCUAAUAACUUGUAACUAAAUAAGUGGCAAUGCAUCCUGAUGUACCUUACUUUAUCAUUUUACUAGAAUGCCGGAUAAUUUUAUUUUCAAGGGGAGAGUGUUGCCACAGUGGAUUAAUCAGAUUAUCUGCCCAUGUAUCUUGUAAACCCUUUAAGUGGCAAUGUGCCCUAAUGCGCCCUACUUUAUUAUUUUACUCUGUCUAAUACCAGACAAUCUUACUUACAAAGGGGAAAGUGUUGGCACUCAACUCAAUGUGUUAACAUGUACCUAAUUUAUGUUUCGCUCACUACUCUGGUUUAAAUAAAUGACUAUAAAGCCCAGUCGAAUUGUAAUCAAGAUCCAACAUUGGACACUCCAGUCUAGUGUCUUCAUCAGGGGUGAUCUAAAAUUGCAAUCAUGGCUUCUUAAGUACCCAAGGGAUGACGUCACCUGCCACUUAAGAAGCCGCAAUUGCAACUUUAGAUCGCCCCUGAUGAAGACACUAGACUGGAGUGUCGAAACGUUGGGUCUUGAUUACAAUUUGACUGGGCUUUGUAGUCAUUUAUUUACACCAGAGUAGCGAGCGAAACAGGAUUGAUAUACCUGGUUGUAGGGAUGAGCCGUUAAGGAAAAUUGCCGAUUACUGAGGCAGAUUAUUUAUAAGCCGAUUAUCGUAACUAAUCAGCCGAUUAAUCGGUACCCGCCAAUUAUAUUAAAAAGCAAACGAAAAAUCACAAGAUGACCAACAAUGAAGUUGUAAAUGCAGUUUUAUUGUUUACAAUACACAUUAUGUACAAUUGAAAACAGCUUCAAUCUUGCAUGUCAAUAGUCAAAGUUUAGUUUUGGCAGAUUAUGGUGUAAAAACAGGAUAUUGUCAGCUAUGCGGAGCUAGUCUGCUGCAUUUUUCAGUGGAAAUGUUCCCAGCUUCACUUCGCUCAAGACAAAAGACACAGGUUUUGCAACAAAAUGUGAAAAUCUAUUCGCUUGUAUUCAGUAUUUUAGCAUGUGCUUUGCAGCCGAUUAUUUGCCGAUUAUCAAGCAAUAAUCGGCCGAUUACCGAUUAUUUAAAAAACGGCCGAUUAAUCGGCAAAGCUGAUUAUUUACCGAUUAAUCAGCUCAUCCCUACCUGGUUGCAGUGAACGAAAAACUUUAAAUGUACCUAAUUCUUCAUUUUAUACUUUAUUUCAUGUUUCUCUGCAGAUUCUUUCAUUGUGAUGUGCUAUAAUGUUUUGUGUGACAAAUAUUGCACAAAGACCAUGUAUGGUUACUGUCCAAGCUGGGCACUCAAGUGGGAAUAUAGGAAGAAGUUGAUUAUGAAUGAAAUUUUACAACAUCAAGGAGACAUUCUAAGCCUACAGGUAACUAAAACUCACCCAAACCCCUGCUGCAGCUUUAAAAAGUUUAAUAUAUUUGUUAUUUAUCAUUUAGGAAGUAGAAACGGAACAGUUCUACAGUUUCUUCUUGCCAGAAUUGCAAAAGCAUGGCUAUGAUGGAAUCUUUAGCGCCAAAUCUAGAGCGCGAACCAUGUCAGAAGAUGAGAGCAAGAAGGUUGAUGGUUGUGCAAUAUUUUAUAAAACAACCAGGUGAGCAUGCACACUGUAAUAAUCUCAAAGUUUGAGUUUCAAAAGUCAAUUCAAGACUCAGUUUUGGGGGCCAAUUAAUGGCUGUAAAAAAGCCCUGAAAAUACCCUGACAUACUAUGAAUUUGUAAGCAAAUCUGUGACCAAAAUUGUGUAUGUACAGGAAGCUCACCACUCUAAGCCUCAGGCUGGCGAAAUAUUAGCCAUGAAGACACUAUCGUGAAUAAAUGAAUCUGUUUAUAGUUCAUGCUUGAUCUAAAGCUUUCUCUCUUGUUAGAUUUACAUUGAAGAAACAAGAUAUGAUGGAGUUCAAUCAACUUGCAGCAGCCAACUCCAAGGAUGCUUCAGACAUGUUGAACCGUGUGAUGACCAAAGAUAACAUAGGUAUUGUGGCUCUCCUUGAAACAAACGAAGAUUACAGUUAUGGUCCUAGCAUUGACAGAACAAGAAGACAACUUAUUGUGUCGAAUGUUCACAUGGCAUGGGAGCCUGAAUACUCUGAUGUCAAGUUGAUUCAGACCGUGUUAUUGAUGCAGUUUCUGCAGAAGUUUCGGCAGGAAGUUGACAACGGUUAUAUGUUGGCAGGUGAGUCGCUUGUUUGUUUGUUUUCUUGCUUGUUUUUUUGUUUUCUUGCUUGUUUUGUUUGCUUGCUUGUUUUGUUUGCUUGCUUGUUUGUUUGUUUGUUUGUUUGUUUGUUUGUUUGUUUGUUUGUUUGUUUGUUUGUUUGUUUGUUUGUUUGUUUGUUUGUUUGUUUGUUUGUUUGUUUGUUUGUUUGUUUGUUUGACUAGCAUAACUAAAAUAAGAUAUCUCAAACAUGGUGGUCCAGUGUAGGUUAUUACCUACACUGGACUAUUUCUACAAUAAGCUGCCGUGGUUUGUGUCUGAACUACCUGAAAAAAUAUCUCAAACGUGGUGGUCCAGUACUUGUAGGUAAUAAUUAAUAAAUAUAAAACAUUUUCCGUGUUCAUAUACAGUUAUAUCAACACGAGUGGAAAUUGGGAAAACGAGAAAUUGUGUGGAAAGGGCGAAGUGUUUUCACACAAUUUCGAGUUUUCGCAAUUUCCACGAGUGUUGAUAUAACUCUAUAUCAAUACGGAAAAAAUGUUUUAUAUUUAUUUUAUAAUAUCGCACAAAGAAACAUAAAGAAAGAAAUUUCCGAAGUUUCCGUGUUGACAUUGGGUUAUAUCAACACGGCUCUUAGCCAAUCAACGUUCAGAAUUUACAAAUGCUAUAUUAUAAUCUACAAUAAACUGCCUGUGGUUUGUCUAUGAACAAGCUAAAAAGAUGAAAACACUUCGAAAUAAAUGACAGUAUCAUUCAGAAAUAACGCCUAGUUCCAACCAUCCAGCAUCAUUCAUGUUUGAAUCAAACACAGUGGCUGUGCAUUGAAUUGACGAUGCUCCUUAUUACGUUUUCGUAGCGCUUUGCAUUGUGGUUAUAGUGGUAUCACUGACGUUCAAAAUGGCUUAUUUUUUGUCCUGACCCGUUCAAGAACUUUUUAAAAAAGCUAGGGUCAGGUGCGCGAUAGCCAACAGCAAAAUAUUCGCGAAAACAUUCAAUAUUUUCAUUCGAGGCCGCUAUCUUUAUCAGUGAUACCACUAUAACCACAAUGCAAAGCGCUACGAAAACGUAAUAAGGGGAAUCAUCUAGGGGUGCACCGGAACUCGGUUCCGGCCGGAACCCCGAUUUUUUAGAGUUCCGGUUCCGGCCGGAACUAGUAAAAAAAGCAUGGCCGGAACCGGAACUCUGUCUGUUUCAGAGAGAUAGAAUAUCAAACGUUUUUGUGUCUAAUAAAAGUUCACAGUAGGAAGAAAUUUGGACUACCCAAGGGAAAUAUACACUAUAACACUUCAUUAUGACGUUUAACGUUUGUCAAUCUUUUUAUUCUAACAUUUGCGAGCUCUCUCCUUGAUGACUUGAAGUGUCUGCCUGUCUGGCAGCAGACAAAGUAACAUAUGACUAUAUAUGGCUUAAUAUAUUAGUUCCGGUUCCGGCCGGAACUUUUUUCCAGUUCCGGUCGGAUCCGGUUCCGGCCGGAACUUAAAAAACUGGUUCCGGUGCACCCCUAGAAUCAUCAAUUGGAGUGGAAACAUUCACCAUCAACAAUGCAAUUGAAACGCAGCCUGGUUCACACUAAUAAUCAGUCGGUGAUUUUUCUCCUCCUGGCAAAUGUGAUCGAAUGAAUGACAUGCAAAAGACUUAGAAUUGUUUACUUCUGAAAAGCGACUCUACACUUUUGUGUGCGAGUUCACUCAUUUGCAUCUGUCAACAACACAAAAUCUCCGACAAAAACGCCAAUGUGAAGCAGGCUUUAGAACGCACUCAAGCAGGGUUUUUUUCCAGGAUUUUCUCUUGGGUCCGUUUUUGCAGAAAAGAUUGAGUUUAGCUGAACAGAUGGGGUGGUUGCACCCCCCGGUAGGGGGGGGGGGGCUGACACGUGUACUCAAUAAAUGUAGUUGAGACGGAAUGUGUUAAAGCAGGGGCACUAAGGGACACUAUAAACUGGUUAAAGAUGGCGAAUGCAUAGUUUUUCUUGUGUUGUGAGAUGAAUUCCAGCCAUUUUUCUUAAUUGUCGGGUUUCCAACUGAAAACUAAUUUCCACACGUCACGAAUUUAACUCAAACAACUUCAUUUUUACUGCACUGAAACUUUGGUGAGAAGAUUGAGUUUCUAAACUCAAUUCAAGAUUGAGUUUUUGGGGCCGUUUAACGGCCCUAAAAAAACCUGAAAAAAAGCCUGUCAAGUACUUGUUUCAGGCGUUAUAUAUUUCACUCAAAUACCAUAAACGUUUAUUUUGCAGGCAAGAACGGGACGCUACCUCGCCCUAUUCCACUCGUCAUGUGUGGUGAUCUCAACUCCCUCCCUGACUCAGGACCAGUCGAAUUCCUGGACAAAGGCCGAAUAUCCACUGACCAUCCUGAUUUCCAGUCCCUUGACUACGGUGGAUUCCUAACGCGGUUGAGCAGCACGCGAAACGGAGAGAAGUGCGCGGAACUCACGCACGCUUUUAAAUUAAAACGAACGUACGAGAAUCUCGAAUGUAGCAAUUACACGCAUCACUUCCGAGGAGUUAUAGAUUGGGUUUACUAUAGUUGUGAUGAAAUAGCCCCCAUUGCCGAGCUCACGUCUGUCCACCCCGAGUACCUCAAGAGGAAUAAAUUAAUUGGGUGGCCACACCCACAUUUCCCCUCCGACCACCAAUCGCUAUUGGUUGAAUUUGAGUUUGCGGAGAAAUCCGUCACGCAGAAUGGCGAGUACGGAAACCUGGGGUCACAACACCGGUAGGUAGGAACUUUCUUCAGGGAAUCAUAUUUUUUUCCGGACAGAAUUUCACCCAAGAUCAUUUUUUCUGACGUGUUCCCUGGUGGAAUUUUUAUCAACGACACACCUCCCUAAAGUGAGCAUGUAACCAUGGCAAUGUACAUAAUGGCGAAUGCACAUGGCUGUCACACUGAGAAUUAUUACGGAAUAGACACAUUCAGCUGCUGCACUAAUUUAUUUCAUUUCUCGUAUUUUAGUACUAGCUUGUUAUAAUGUAGACAAGCGUGUGUUUGGGAUAAAUUUUUUAUCAUUUUAAUACUUUGGAUUAGUCGGUAGGCUUUAUAUAAAAGUAAUGUAGGGGUUUAUUUAGCAAACUACGGAAUGAGGAAACAGUUUUUGUAGGAUUAGGACUUUGGGAAUAAGUGAAUAUUGUGUUUAUAUCAUAUUUAGUGCAUACGAUGGUCUGGAAAUUCACCAAAUUCUCUUUCGUGUUCACGCCCAUCCAGGGGUUUCAGGUAUAUUCAUAUGUAGACCAUUUUACUUUUGGUACACAGUAUUUUAUUGUUAAAAUAAGUUGAAAUAUGGAUAUAAAGUAUCCUACUUUCAACCAGGAUAAAGUGCUCAGGAACGUAGCCUGGAAUUUUAGGUAUUGUAGUAUAUUGAGCCAGUAUCAAGUAUAUUGGUAUUCUAGUGACCCCCCUGGCUGGGCGGCCUGAUUUUUGUGUCCAUGAUGAAGACAUUGGGAUCAUCAGGUUGAGUUGCUGAAAAAGAUCCUUGCAUGUGAAGUCAUCUCGCCAUAAGAUCACAGCUCAUUAUAGACGUUGAAGAGUUUCCAGCGCAUUGACCAUGGUGUGCAAGUGGGUUUAGGCAACGUAAUAUAAACACAUUUAAGUAAAUAAUUUUAAAUAGUUAUUCAUUUCUACGAUUGUUUCUGGGACACAAGUUUGAACUGACUUAGGUAAUUUAUUUCGAAGUUAGGUUUUACAUAGCAUUUUCUUAUAUUAACGAACUUUUCAACGUAGUAUUAUUAGGUUUAUUAACUUUAUGAAUUUUCUUGUAAACUAGCAGUAAAUUGGUUUGAUAAAUCACCCAGUCAUGACUAAAAACUGGUCAUGAAUCUCUUGUGUCAGAGAUUUCCUGUAUAUUAAACAUAGUGUAUUAAAAUACUUUCAGUUGUAAACUAUAGAACUUUGUCAGGGUUAGUUUUUCAAACUUCUAAAAUCGACCAAUGGCAUCUACCACCGGCCAACAAAUGUAUAUACUUUCAUAACAAUAGUCCAGUCCGAAUGAACUGAUGGAAGAAGUGUUCCAUUGUCUUUUCAUUGUUUCUGAACUCCUAUGCCUUGCAGUCAUUGUUGUAUUGUGAUUUGCGGAAUAAUCGACCCUUACUUGUGACAAAAUGGUCUGUAGUUUUCAACUUAAACAUACUAUGGAAAAACAAGUGACUCGAUAAGUCUCUCAUAGAGUAUUUUAAUAAAACACAAAACAACAGACACUUUACGUUUCGACUAUUAAUUUAAGUCAUCUUCAGAAGAGUGUCCAUUGUGUUUUAUUAAGUCUCUCAUGGUAUGUUUGUUUUGUAUAUUUAGCUUUUUGUUUCUGUAGUAUGCUAAUGUUUCUAUUUUUAAGCAUUACUUUGUUCAAUAGCCAAAACCGACAAUUCAAUGUAUGUAUACAGUAUAUUAUUAUUGUAAGGUAGAAGGGUACUAGAAUCUUGUCAAAAUUAUCUUACGCAGCUUUUUAACAAUGAAAUAUAAUAUUAGAAUCAUUAUGCC